AUGCACGAACAGAUAUUUCAGUUCGUGAAGACGUGCCCGGAAUGUAUACGGACGAAGGCCCGACACGACUCCCGUCAAGGGCUUCCACUACAUGUCCGAGCUACCGAACCCCUAAGCAUGCUCAUGAUAGACGUAUAUGGACCUAUAAGAAGACCUGGACGGAACCCGAGCUACAUCCUCAAUCUUCUGGAUAUAGCCUCACGAUAUUGGCAAAUCUCCAUUAUUACCCAACCGUUCACGUCAUCCUUACUCUGGGAAGCAUUACUCCAAAAAUGGACCCCAGAGGAACUACCGCGUACCUGGCCAUUCCAGUUGAAACUUCUGGUGCAACAAUACAACCUGACGUAUCAUGAAAGUCUGGGUUUCUCUCCAGCUGCACUGCUUUUCGGUAAACACCCCCAACAGACUGGAAUUACUGUGGACUUGCUAAAGGACAAUGAACAACACGUCAUGGAAACCAACGAGAUCAGACGGCUAGACGACCAGCGUAUGAAACAACUCCAGAGCGAAUUGGACGAGAAGAUGGCGCAUAUCAACUUUAAUCCUGUAUUUCGAACGAAACCCUGCCAGAGGCCGGCUCGUUUC